UUUUACCCACUAAAUUUUGCAAGCGUAUGAGCUGCGUACCCUGCCUGGACGCGCAGCUUACAGCUGUUUUGCUAUCUUUUGUGCAUAAACUAAAGUGAAAGCGCAAAGUAUUUCGCAAUAGAAAUCAUUCCAAGUCCAGAACCACUUAAGAAUUAAGAAGAUGGCCACAAACGCUCCUCUUAUUAUGCGAAUAAUGGCAUUGUCCAUUAACACUGCCAAACGCGCCGGCGUCAUCAUACGCGAUGUCCUCAAGCAGGGCGACCUGGGCAUUGUCGACAAAGGCAAAAAUGAUCCACAAACAGAAGCUGACCGUUCUGCACAACGAUGCAUUAUCGCAUCGUUGGCAAAGAAGUUUCCCAGCAUAAAGAUUAUUGGUGAGGAGGGCGGAUCCGAUUUGAAUGUGUGCGAUGAUUGGUUGGUCGGCGAACAGGAUGAAGCAUUCCUUAAGCAAGACUGCCCGGCGGAUUGGAAAGAUGCACAGCCUGAGGACUUUGUAAUAUGGGUUGACCCACUAGAUGGCACUGCAGAGUUUACACAAGGAUUUGUGGAACAUGUGACAGUGCUCAUUGGCAUAGCUGUAAAGAACUCAGCUGUAGGUGGCAUUAUUCAUCAGCCAUUCUAUAAACAAUCCAGCGGCGAGUUGGGCCGUACAAUUUGGGGUCUCAAAGGCUUAGGCACUGGUGGAUUUACGGCUGUGAAACCGCCAGCAAAUGAAUUUAUUAUCACAACCACCCGCUCGCAUUCCAAUGCAUUGCACCAGAAGGCAGUGGAUGUAUUCAAUGCCAGCAAAGUGCUUAAGGUAGGUGGGGCCGGCUUUAAGGUGCUUCAAUUGCUUGAAGGUAAAGCACACGCCUAUGUAUUUGCUACGCCCGGUUGCAAGAAAUGGGACACUUGUGCACCGGAGGCUGUGCUGGAGGCAAGUGGCGGCACCCUGACCAAUAUUAAUGGCGACCAUUACGAAUACCAUGAAAAUGUGGAGCAUGUCAAUCGACGUGGUGUGCUCGCCAGCAGUGGCGAGAAUCACCAAGAGCUGGUUGAGAAAAUCCCGGUAGAAGUACGACAGGCCGUAGGCGCUACACAGACGUAAUCAGUAAUCUACUUUUAUUUGUUUGU